AUGUGGCCGCAUGAACAGCAUCAACCAUCAGACCAUAGCAGCCAGGGCUCAUAUCAGCAGGACCUAAGAAAAGACUUUGCUGGGACAGCUUCUUAUAUGUAUCAGAACCAAGAGAAGCAAAUGCAACUUGCUGGGCACCCGACGGGUGACUCUGCAUCGCACUCCAGCUCUGACGGGUCUUCCCCCGACUUAGACGAGCAGAGCUAUUCGGCCAUGUCGGGGAGCCAAGCACAGCCAAACCAUGUUUUCCAGCCAGCAAUGGCAGACACGCUUUCUUUCCCACAACAGCAGCAGCAUCUUGCAGGCGGCACUCUCCCAAGCGGCCUCAUCACAGAAGCGCCGUUUGGGCUGGCGGAGGAGCUCCGGGUACACGACGCUAUCAUCGGACGCGAGAGGGAGGAUGGCAGUUGGGUGGUCGUGUUCAGAAAGCUGCACGGGGCGGAUGCAGACUGGGACGUGCAGACCGACUGGGUCGCCACAGGAUAA